GAACAAUUUGGGAUACCCAGUACACUGACCAUGUUGUUUUACCCUUCUACUGUUAGAAGGACCUUUGGUUCAAUUUUAAAGAACCAAUGAAGAGCCUUAUUUGCGAACAAACAAAACUAAAUUAAACAUUUAACGUUUUACCUCCUCAAAAAAGGAGCAACUGGUGUCUCCUUUUAAUCAGGCCAUCCCAUACUGGGCCACUAAGUGAAAUAAGUCAUUAUUCAGAACCUUCCAACAGUAUCGGCUCUUGAGAUAGGACGGCUUGCGCAGGGAGCAUUCGGGGAAGAAAUGGGAACAGCAGGACUACACCGCCAGUCGUUUGGCGGCAGCAGAAUAGCGGCGGCCCAUCCAUAAGCUGCCGCCGCGUGAGAUAAACACGAUAUUAUGGACGAUGAGGAAGACCUCGAGGACAUCCGCCUUCUUCGGAUCCCAAAAUUCAGAUUUCUGUGAGUUAAAGCCGAGUUUAAACGAAAAAAAGUUUCGUGGUCCGCUGUGCGGUGUAUGCGAUUUACUGUUGAGUUCUGGUUCAGUCGACCCUUGAGGAUUUAGGAGAGUUUGGACGUACCCAACUAGAGUCAAAGAUGAAGCUGGGUACAGGAGACGAAGAGGGUGCCUCCUCGAGAAUGCGCCAACAAAUGUAACAUGAACAAAGAAGGAAUGAGGUUACGCGAUCGCCCCAUCAUGCUGGAUAAUUCAGGACCUCAUCGACCCUUCAACGUUAAACGAAAACCGAACCUACCCAAACAACCCUCGAGGACUGGCUCGGCAAAACUGACGAUGCAGGACUUCGUCAGGAUGGAUCCUGGAUACACACCGAACAUAGAACAUCUCGUAUUUCCAGCCAGGAAACGCAACCCUCAGCAGGUGGCCCCAAUCAAUCCACCGGUCCAAAAGACGAGAUCCAGGCUCGCCGAGAUGUUUGCCCUUAGCCGUCAUCUCCAGCAGCGAUCUGCGGAUAGAGAGUCCAAGAACAGAGUGCCCUUGAUCAACAGGAGCGUGGACAGCGCCUUGGAAGGUCGAUCUUCUGGUGGCGCUACAUCGGUGCCGCCCCAACGACCAGGGUCCAUAGCCGGAGACCCGCGGAGGUGGUUGCAGCAGCAGCACCAGCAGCAGUCAGAAGAACCAGUACGCCAGAGGAUCAGUCCGGUCGCGGAUAGCGAUAUGACCGCUUCUAGGGGCCCCAACAUCUCCGUUCUUCAUUUGCGUAACUCCACCGAGAACUGGGACAACAAUUCCAAAAUCUCGACGGCCAACUCGAGGAUAUAUCCGAGCAAUAGGAAACCGGCAGGGAUACAUUCUUUGACCAAGCACCAGUCGCUGGGAGGGAUAGGAUCCAAGUUCAGGUGGAAGGGUGCUUCCGUAGAGACGACCGGCGACAUGAACACCUCGGAAGUUUUCAUCGACAAUCAGUACAACAGGGAGCUUUCCCCGGUGCGUUGGUGUAACAGGGAGGUCGACGGGGUCUAUUUGGGACGCUCCGGUUGGGUGCAGGUCCAGCACAGGUCGCUGGACGACCGGAAGAUCAGCAAUUUCAGGACCACGGCCAAGGUGACGCAACCUCAGGACUCCAAGAGGGUGGCUAUCAAACUGGCGCAGUACCACUGUAAAAGCGAACCUGGACGGUUUCCGAAUUCCCCCACGAAACUCUUGCAACAGCCGCAGAAACCCUUAUAUCUCUCGAUAAGGGAGCCGAAGUUCGACGAAAUCACGAAGAGGACGCCUCAGAACCCCGACUCUUUAUCGCCACCUCCACACACUCCAAUCAUCUCCCCACCGCCGGCGUUUCAAGAUAAGACCUCGGCGAAAACGUCCCCCAAACGCGCGUUUUUCGGGAAAACCCCAUUCCUCCCACGCUCCAACGCUAUCGACAAGGAUGUCAGCCCACCAGCUUCACCACCCAAAGAAACCUUCAAAACCUGCGCUCCCAUGGCGAACAUCCUCGCUAAACCCAACGAAAAACCAACCGAAAAACAGAAGAAACCCAGUAAGAACAUCAUCCAGACGAUAUAA